UGUCCUUCAGGCGGCUAAUCCCGUUGGCACAGCCUAGCUUGCUUUAAUCCUCCCACAUCGCCCAGCGCUCCGCAGCCUACACACUCUCACCGCUUCUGGGAUGACGGGCCACUGUUAAGACCCUCAGGAUGUUCAGCUGGGUGGUGAAAGGGGUUCCCCAGCCUCCUGGGAAACUAGGAGAUGAGGAGAAGACCAACGCCCCACUUGCACCAGUAAAACAAGUAACAUUCAAAGAAGAGAAGAAACAAGAAGCUCCAAAACCUGCCAAGGCCAAAGAGGAGGAGGUCGCCGAAGAGAAUGGUGGUGAGGCUGGAGUGUUGACUUGGAUCACCCAUGGCUUUGCUAAUUCUCUUCCCCAGCCUGCUGGGACACCCCGGCUAGGCAGAGCCAACACUGAGCCCUCCACCAAACAGGAGGAGAACAGGCAGGGGUCGAGAGUCAUCGGCUGGAUUGCCCAGGGAUUGGCCAGUGUGGUUCCCCAGCCUGAAUUAAAAAACAUGGAGGAGGUGGAGCCUGCAGAGACAACAGAGAUUGCAGAGGUGAUCAAGGUGCCGGAGGUUAAGAAAAAACCUACCAUUGCAGAGGUGAGCAAGGCGCCGGAGGUUAAGAAAAAACCUAGCAUUGCAGAGGCGAGCAAUGCACCGGAGGUUAAGAAAACACCUAGCAUUGCAGAAGCCAGAAAGGUGCCGGAAGUUAAGAAAACACCUAGCGUGCAUGCUAUCCAAGAUGUCCCGGAUGCAGAGCCUCUUCCUCAUAUUCCUGUGGUGGAGGUUCUGUCAGAUGAAGAGCCUCAAGAAGAGAAGGGAAUCCCACCCAGGGUGUAUGAGUGGAUCAAACAGGGUUUUGAGAAAGUGGUACCCCAGCCAGCUGACAUCAACAGAGACAUCUCAGCGAAGGCCCCCUGCCCACAGAAAGUGACCUCCAAAUCUCCGGAAACUGAAGAGGAGGCCAAAGCAAAUGAGGAGGAGAAACAGCCCAAUGUGGUGGGCUGGAUUGUUCAGGGCUUCGGUCGUAUGUUACCUCAGCCUGUCCUGACUCCCAGUGGAUCGGAGAACGCUGUGCAGAACAUCCUCAUCCUGCAAGGCCAUGAAGACAUGGUUCUGGAGGAGGUGGACCCGGAUUGGGAGGAGAAGGAGAACAAAGUGGCUCAGGGAGCGGCCCUGCUCCAGGCCUUACCCUCACUCAAACCCCAGCAGGUUCUAGAAAUGCAACAAGAAGCAGAAGAUGCAGAGACACAGACAGAGAGAUGGACUCCCCUCAUAGAGAGCAUAAAGAAAGAGGCAGAGGAGGCUGCUGUGGCGAAAGUGGAGGAGAAGCUGCAGCAGCAGUUAAACGAAGCAAGGAUGGCUGAGGAGGUGGCCAGACAGGCGGCUGAGAUGGCAGUUAGACAACUAGAGGAGGAGCAGGCCGCCAGUGCCCAGAGGGCCACAGACUCACAGCAAGAGGCUGAUGGAGAGCAACUGCCCAAUAUCCAGGAGGAAGAGAACGAGGAAGACCCUGAGUUGAAACUGCUUCACGAGAGCGACGAGAGCGUGGAGAAUAAAAGUCCAGAGAAAAAUAAAGUCAUAGAGGUUACUGCCAUUGAGAGUAUUCUGAGCGUUGAAGACAAUACUCUAAUGGAUAUUGUAGUUGCUGAAGACAAUGAGAUAUCUGACGACAACAAAGCUAAAGCUGUGGAGCCUAAAGUGGAGAAUAAGAUCACUGAAGUGGACCUGAAAAGGUGCCUGAUGGAUGUGUGUCCAGCCGAGGGGUUGCCCGAGGUUGAGGCAGAGGCGGAGUCAGUCGAACCAAGCCCCCCAGUGUCUCCCCCCAGAGAGGCCUCCCCUGAACCAGAACCAGAGCCACAAAAUAAACAGUCUCCCCCAGUGACAGAGGCCGCGGCAGUAACCGAACAGCCAGAACCAGCCGACCAGAAGGCUCCACCUACUGCCGCAACUCAGGAAGAGGAAGGUGCCGACGAAGCAGGGUGUGAAGGGAGCGUUGGUAAGGACAAAGGAGGUAAUGUGCUGCCAGUGGUUAAAGUGGAGGAUGUGGACAGAGACGUAGGGAUGGGAGGGGGUUGCAACAUCCCCCAGAUCAUCACCUCCCAGGACCCCCUGUCCAUCUCUCUGACCGUGUCUCUCGCCCCCGGGACCAAGCGCAGCAAAGCUGUGGCUGCAGAUGGCUCGCUCCUCCCGGUAGAAGAGAGAAGUGCUGAAGAGGAUGAUGUUUUUGGUGUUGAUGACUUGGAGAUGCAGACUGGCCUCCUGACUGUGGAAGAUGAGGAUCGUCCAACAUCAGCGGCCAGCUAUGGCAGUGUGAUUGUCCAAGAGAGAGUGACUACACUGGUCAAGCUGUUUAAGGCGAGGACGGUCCGCAAGAAGGAAAAACUGAUGGACCCUGACGACUCUGAGGAAGACAGCCCUCAAACCUCCCCAGCCAAGGCGCCCCCUCCCCCUCCUCCCCCAGAAGAGGCCAAGGACAUCUCAGCCCCGGUGGAGGAGGAAGAGGUGGAGGAGUACUGGGACUUCUAUGGAUACCCAAUCAAAAUCCUCAAACUUCCCAAAAUGCCCCCACUUCCUAGUUGGCUUCAAACCAUAGUGGACUUUCGUUUCCCUUCCAGCAUCGACCCUUAUACUGACCUUGUCUACGUGGUGUGGCUGUUCUUUGUGAUGAUGGCGUGGAACUGGAAUGUGUGGCUGAUCCCAGUGCGCUGGGCCUUCCCCUACCAGACUGCAGACAACAUCUACUGGUGGCUUUUUAUGGACUACACCUGUGACCUUAUUUACAUCACCGACAUCCUGGUCUUUCAGCCCCGCCUGCAGUUUGUACGCGGAGGAGAUAUUGUGUGUGACAAAAAGGACAUGAGAGACAACUACAUGACAACAGAACGAUUCAAGAUGGAUUGUAUCAGUAUGUUCCCCAUGGAGAUAUUUUACUACUUUACCGGAGUUAACUCCCUCCUCAGAUUCCCCCGCCUACUGAAGUACAUGGCUUUCUUUGAGUUCAACGACCGUUUGGAAGCAGUAAUGAAGAAAGCCUACAUCUACAGAGUGAUCCUGACCACUUCCUACCUGUUGUAUUCUCUCCACAUCAACGCCUGUCUGUUCUAUUGGGGUUCUGACUAUGAGGGGCUCGGGUCCACUAAGUGGGUCUACAACGGCAAAGGGAACAGUUAUAUCCGGUGUUACUACUUUGCUGUAAAGACCCUGAUCACCAUCGGUGGUCUCCCGGACCCAACCACCGUGUUUGAGAUCACAUUCCAGCUAGUCAACUAUUUUGUUGGCGUCUUUGCUUUCUCCAUCAUGAUUGGUCAGAUGAGAGAUGUGGUGGGGGCUGCCACAGCGGGACAGAACUACUACCGGGCCUGUAUGGACAACACCAUCAAGUACAUGACCUCCUACCACAUCCCCACAGAGGUCCAGAACCGAGUCAAGACCUGGUACGACUACACCUGGCAAAUACAGGGCAUGCUGGAUGAGCAGGAGCUGUUGAUCCAGCUGCCAGAUAAGAUGAGGAUGGACAUGGCUGUGGAUGUUAACUACUCCAUUGUGAGUAAAGUGGCCCUGUUCCAGGGCUGUGACAGACAGAUGAUCUUUGACAUGUUGAUGAGGCUCAAGUCUGUGGUCUACCUGCCUGGGGACUUUGUCUGUAAAAAGGGUGAGAUCGGCAGGGAGAUGUAUAUCAUCAAGCAGGGGGAGGUUCAGGUGGUGGGAGGACCUGAUUUGAAGACUGUGUUUGUGACAAUCAGGGCCGGCUCUGUGUUUGGAGAAAUCAGCUUGCUGGCAGGGGGCGGUGGGAACAGACGCACGGCCAAUGUGAUGGCUCACGGAUUCGCUAACCUCUUCAUCCUGGAUAAGCGGGACCUCUCAGACAUCCUGGUGCACUACCCCGAGUCCCAGAAACUCCUCCGCAAGAAGGCCAAGAAAAUGCUGACGAAGGAUCAGAAGCCAGAGGAAAAGGCAGAGGCGAAGGAGACUGCCGAGGUGAUCCCAGACAGGCCAGAGACCCCCAAGCUGUUCAAAGCAGCCCUGGUGGUUACAGAGCAGGCAGGCAUUAAGGGCACCUUCGCCAAGCUGAAAGAGGGCUACAAACCUGCCGAGACUGAGUCCUCUGGCCUCCCCAUAUCUCCUCCCUCCCCGAUGGUGCACCAUCGCUCCCCCAUCGCCCCUACAGAUGCCCGGGUCGAGGAUGACGAAGAUGCAGUUUCCGAGACGACCGACAGCAUGAUGCUCAUCCGCAUGACACGCCAUCACGAAGGCGAGGAGCUCCUGUCUGUUGAGCAGAAGCCUGGAGAUGAAGAGGAGGAGAUGGAGAAGAAGUAGAAGGAGACCGAGAAGGAAAUUGACAGAAAGAGAGGGGAAGAAAUGUUGUGAUCACCCACUACUCUUCUGUGUAUAUAUUGACUGAGAUUUCAGACCAAAAAAAUAAAUAACAUUAUUUCUCUAUUACCGCGUUCACUUCAUGUCAGAAACUCUGGAUCUCCGAGUCAAAAUGAACGUAAGUUAUAUGCGUAGAGCUUCCUAUUGGCAGAUUCUGAUACUUCCCAAGUGGGAAACUCGGGUAUCAUCUUUCUAUAACGAGUAAGCAAGUCGGAAAUUUUUGAGUUUCCGACAUGACGUGAACACGGCAUAUGUCCCCCUCGGGAAAGUUCACUUUACAGAGUUAUCCUUUCAUAUUCUGGGAUAUUUUGUGUGCCCCUUCUGUCCCUCACUCUCUCGUGGUCUCACUGUUGUGUGUGUUAAAUGCGUUUUAGUACCUUAAAGCGGCAAUUAGCAGUUGAAACAAUAACGUGUACUUCCUGUCCCUUUUACGGUAAAAAGCUGAGGGAUGGUGCUGAAGAAAUGUAACCACUGUCAAAUUCAUAGAGCUAUGGAUGGAAGGAUUGACCAUCUAUGAUAUCAAAAGGUAGUGUUAUGCAUAUUUUGAGGCUAUAUAGUCGUUGUUUACAGUUUGCUUUGUUCACAAACAUUGAAGUAAAACAAGCUUAUAUUUUGGGUUCUGAAACGGUAUGGCAGUUGAACUAAACUCAUGAGACAUUUAUAAGUUAUAUUCUGCAAGAAUUAAUGGGAAAAUAUUAUUCAUGUAUAUGUUCAAAAAUGUAUGUAGCGACUGCAGAUUGCCCCUUUAAUCCUUAUUGAUGCUUCAUAAUCCUAUAGAGCCUUUAUGGUUAUAAAACUCCAUUACCCAGGGGGCUUAGCUCCAGGUCUGCUACUGCUUCCUGCUUCUAAGUACUGCCACACUCCCCUAGGACCUGUGACAGAGGCAAUAUGGCCUUAACCAAAACCUAGAUGUUGCUGGUUUCCAUAUUUCUUUAGCCAUUCCUUUUUAAAAGAGAGGCCAUUUUCUUUUGUAGUCUGUUUCACAGGAGUGAACACUAGUCUUUGACUCUACUAGUAUGUUUAGCAUUUAAUCUUUGGGGAAUCAUCUGUGUGUCUCUUAUCUUUUUCUUCGUAUUUGAACUAAGAGUGAGUGGUCCUCUGUUGGUUUUCUUUGGUGCCGUGACGCAUCACACUAGUCGAAAUCUGAUUAGCUGAUUCAGGGUCAUGCCAUGUGUCCUGUCUGACACAGCAGGAGCACAAAUGGGUUUCAAUGAUUUUACUGAGUUACUGUGUUUCGAGGUCAGAGAGAGAGUGUGUGUGUGUGUGUGUGUGUGUGUGUGUGUGUGUGUGUGUGUGUGUGUGUGUGUGUGUGUGUGUGUGUGUGUGUGUAAAAUGUGGAAAUGAGCGUGUAUGAGCAGGAAGAGGUGCAGAAAGUCAGAGGAAGUGUUCAUUGUGUCCGUCUCAACCAAACGGGAAAAGGCAGAAUAAAAAGGCGGGAACAAAACAACGCUGAGCAAGCCUCAGAACUAUCCUCUGUCCAAUGCUGUGCUUACAUCUCAGGGUGUGAUGAAGUGUGUACUUGCUUGUGGUCGGAGUCACAUUUUAACUGAUGUUACAGUUAACUUUCCAACCCCUUCCCAUAUCUAUCAGUGACCUUAAGUCAUAGUGGGUUCUUUUUACACACCGUAGCAUACUUCAGCCAUAAAAAGAUGCCUAGGUGCUAUUAGAAGAAUUAGGGCUAGAUUCAAUCCCUAUCGCAGAAGUAGGAUAUCGAGGAAGAUCUGCGUUAAAUGAUCCCGCAUUCGCGGAUACUAGAUUCACGGUAAACGCUGCAUAUGUCGGCUCAAUCGAAAAUGACCUUUACAUUUUUAACGUGGAUCUUCCUAGAUACUUCCGUGAUACGGAUUGAAUCCAGCCCUUAAGCGUAACGCUCAGGGAUUAUGCCCAUAUUUCAUGUUUUUUACGAGACCGUUUUUAACGUGGCUAUAUAUCAGUCGACUGGACGUGCUUUUCUGUGUCAUUUUCAACUGAGAAAGUAUCAUUUUGAACCAUUUUGGAAAUGAAAGCUUGUGAAUCCAAAGUCAAGCAUUUAUAUAUAUUUGUUGUUGUUGUUGUUGUUUAGUGUUUAAAUAAUAUCUUUGGAACCAACAGCUGAAUAAAGCUGGCUAUGUAAACUCCCUUGUUGGAUUCAGAUAGAUUUUUGAUAAUGAAGAAUGUUUUACAGAUGACAAUUUGCCUAGUAUUGUAAUAGGUAUGGUGAAUGCAUAUGUAAGCUGCUUGUAAACAAUAAAAAUAUUGCGCUUACUGAAGAUUGUGUAAAGUGUGAGA